GCUAGCACGCCAAGUGAGGGACCAUCUUUUCGCUACUUCCUCAAUCUGCUAUCACGGUCAUCGGCGAUUGUUUCCCCUGCCUUGCAUCGGCGAUCCUGGAUCAACAUUCAAUCCUGGUAGAAUGUUUUCUCUUUGCCAUACUUUUGGAGUAGGUACUGCCCCAACCACCUUAGCUGUACGUCAAUUCACGAAUUCUCACCGUCAUAAGCUCGUAUGUGGAAUUCCCUCUCUUCCGUUGUUCUCCAAGUGCCCACCGGUCCAAACGGUCACACACUUUAAUGCACGACUGGCAACGAAAGCCUCUUUGUCUUCUUUGUCUUUGUCCCAUGGAAAGCAAAAGCAAGCAGUGAUUGUAUUGUCAGAUAUGCGAGAUUUACUUUUCCUUGGAUAUGCACUCCAAAAUUUAGGGUAUACUAUAUUCUCUACUGGUGGAACAGCUGAUGCUUUAGAAGAAGCUGGUAUAACUGUUACUAAAGUUAAAGAGAUUUCCCAUUUCGUAGCAAUGUUAGACAGAAAUCAUCGAGGUCAUAUGGAAGCCUUGAGAAGUCAUGACGGUGGUAUAUUGGAAAUAGUGGCGGUGAACUUGGACUAUAGCGAUGAUGGAUCUCCAAACGUCGACCUUGUAGACUUCGAUGCUGAAGCCUUGUUAAAAGCUGCAGCUCUGAAUUCUAAGGAUGUCUUGGCUGUGGUUAGCCCUUGUGACUAUCCAGCGGUGAUACAAUUUUUAAAAAGACAACAAGAUGAUCAGAAGUUUCUCGAAGAGUUAGGUUCGAAGGCUAUGGAGCAUAUAUAUGAUAACAGAGCGUGGUUGCAUAUUCGAACGGGGGAAUGGUAGAAAGAAGGAAGUCUCGCUGAAUAUUGUCUAUCGAUUUCUUACCUUCUCACACGGUACAAUUGGAUUUACAAAUUGAUUUGCUUUCUGGAGUCAGAAACUCUUACACUUGUCCACUAUGGUACAAGUUGAUUUGUAAAUAGAUUUACUUUCUGAAGCCACAAACUCUUAUGCGUGUGGAGAUUCCUAAAUAGUAGU